ACUAAGAUUUAAGGGACUGACUAACAUAUUCUUCUCCAUUUCUAUCCCUUCCUCUUGACUGCUGGUUUUAUUAUGGACACAACAGAAAUGAUCGCCAAAGACAGUGUUUCAAUAGUAUCCCAAGAUAAGGAGGAGCCAUGGGAUGAUGAUGAAUUCCAAGAAUUGGUGCAAACUCUCCCAAAAGAUAAAAACUGGUAUGGAACUCAUCUUUUUUUCUACCAAGGAUUUUGGUGUGCAUCUCGUGUGUUUAGAUCUAUGAUUUGUUUCCAGAAACAUUUCCAAGCACUUGAUUCUGAUAUUUUUCUUACAAAUAUCCCAAAAUCUGGCACUACUUGGCUUAAGGCCUUGACUUUCUCAAUUGUGAACCGCAAUCAAUUUGCACGGGAAGAAAAUCCCUUGCUCAGCUCAAACCCUCACCAACUUGUUCCAUUCUUUGAGUAUGAUCUUUACUUGAACAAUCCUUAUCCGGAUCUCGAAAAUAGCUGCCCUUAUCAACCAAGAAUGUUCUCAACCCAUUUACCUUAUGCUUUUUUGCCACCUUCCAUUAAAGAUUCCAACUCUAAGAUUGUCUACAUAUGUAGAAAUCCGAUGGAUAUGUUCAUUUCUUUGUGGUUUUUUACCGACAAGCUUCGACCCGAAAACGUAGAGCCUUUAUCACUAGAUGAAGCAUUUGAGAAGUUUUGUCAAGGAAUCCAUGAUUUUGGACCAUUUUUUGAUCAUGUACUAGGGUAUUGGAAGGCAAGUCAAGAAAAUCCCAACCGAAUAUUGUUUUUACAAUAUGAAGAUCUCAAGGAAAACAUUAAUUUUCACAUAAAAAAAUUGGGAAAAUUCCUGGGUUUUCCUUUCUCAGAAGUGGAAGAGAAACAAGGAGUUGUAGAAGAAAUAGCAAGAAUGUGUAGCUUUGGGAACUUGAAAGAAUUGGACGUGAACAAGAAUGGCAUGCACGCCUUCGGAAUUGCACACAACACCUUUUUUAGGAAAGUUGAAGUAGGAAAUUGGGGCAAUUAUCUCACUCCUUCCAUGGUGGAGUGUUUCAAGAAGCUUAUACAAGAAAAGUUAGAUAAGUCAGGUUUAACAUUCAAAUUGUCUCGUCAAAACUUUUAAAGAAGCUUUUGCCUAAUUCAAAUGAUUGUCUUUGGCUUGUUGGAUAUUCGAUAGCUGAAUCUAUAAUCUUGAUGUUGUACUUGUUGAGGCAAAUGGAAUAUUUUUAAUGAAGUUGAUCGACUUUGCAAAAGUAUUACAGAGGUGGUGUUUGCCCGCACACUUGGUGAAGUGAACAAGGUGAUCGACUCUCUUGCAAAACUCGGAGUUGAUAGAGUUGAAAUGUUCUGUUUGGUGGAGAGAUCGUGAUUGGCUGCCAUAUUAGCUGCUCUUUUCAUUACAUGAUGACUUUCUUGCAUACGUAUGAGGUUUCUUGUGGUACUAGCUAGUGUUUAUUUCUAGUCAGGUAUAUGGUUGGGAUCAGUUACCAAGCGUCAAGAUAAUAUGUCUAAUAAUGGUUCCCAAAGGGCAGCUUUAUUUCUCUGGCUUGUUGCUUCAGAUCGUUUGGGAAUGGAGGAUGCCUAAUAUUUUUUGUUUGUUCAGUUCUGUCAUUUAGUGAUUAUGUUUUUUAAUGAUGUUUUAUGCUUCUCUAGUGUCUUCCUUGUUGUAAUUUGGGAUUAAGGUAAUUUGUCGUGGUGCUUGUAACGAAAUGUCUUGUAAUGAUA